AUGACGGUCGGUUGUGUGUUUCGAGCCUGUAGAUUUAGUCUUGCUGGAUUGGCAGGCUUUCAGAAGCGCACCGAAUAUGACCAGACAAAGACGCUUGCGGCAAGAUGGCUAAGAGCAUUGGCCUUUCUCACAAAAAUCAUUGCACUUUCCCACUGGAUAGAUUUCUCCGCAAGGUGCAUUAAAAGAUUGUCUCUAAUAAAUGAGUCAGCAAGUCUAGCUUCAGUGGUUGCAGGCGUUGUUGCCUGCGGAAGAAAUUGCGGCUGUAUUUUUAACAGUGAUAACCACCCAAAACGGUUAGACCUCAAGAAGCUCUCCAACCAGCAGAAAUGGUUUGGCCCCUUCACCUUUGCUUUGCUAGCCGACCCUCAGUUAGGUCUUUAUCAGAACAACCAUUCCUGGGGUGAGGAGCUUCAGCAGGUGUCAGAGUGCAUUGCAGCUGCUGUUUCUUCUUCCCCCACGCCUGCCUUUAUUGCUAUCUUGGGGGACUUGGUGCACGCCCCAGUACCGGCGCAAGCCGUGCAAACUGACCCAAGCAUUACUGAGGUUUGGCGUGUAAGGGACCAACAGGCACGAGACUUAGCCGACGCCAUUGAUGGUCCCAGCAAGGAAGUACCAGUGGUUGUAGCUGCCGGCAAUCAUGACAUUGGUUCCACCCCAACUCGUGAAGCCAUCGCGGAUUAUGAGAGUUUGUGGGGCAAAGAUUACUAUAGUUUUUGGUUUGGAGGCGUUAAAUUUGUUGUUGCGAAUUCCUCUGUAUUCUACGACGAUGCAGAAACUUCAAGAGAAGCUGAGAACAUAGUGUCCUUAUUUCUUUCAAACUCUCCUUUAUUGGCGUUGCCUUCUAUCGCUAUUGUUGUUGCUUAUGGCGGUAUAGGAGCAGUUCAGUUGGAUCGCGGAGGAGUUUCAAGACGCCGAGCCAAACACACCUUCCUUUUGCAGCACCACCAGUUCUACUGGAAAGGGUGGAACGAGGAGGAGGAAACCACGGAAAUGGUAGAGGUUCCGCAAAUGAAAAAGAGCAAUUCUAUCAAAAUCUACCGCCUUCCGGGUAAAUGGAGAAGGCGUUUUCUUACUCUUUUAAAGCAGUACAAGGUGUCUGCCUCUUUCCACGGCCAUCUCCAUUACGACUCCCUCCUUUGUGAUGAAGGGCUAUCCCAGAUUGUUUCUGCUUCAUGUGGCUUCGCCACCAACGAUUCCAGGCCAGGCUGGCGCCUUGUCAAGGUAUCGGAGAAUAGUUUCGAGCACAAGUUCCUUCCAGUUAAAUGGCGUACUGACAACUAUCCGUUUAAACCACCUCGUUUCCCAUGA